GCCGUCGAUGGCAUCUCCGCUGGCCGGCCUGCCUCCGACUGCGACCUCGACCGUCGGCAACAGCGACGAUGUGGCUAUGGCUGCAGCGUACGCAGCGGUUGUCGCAGCAGCUGGUUCAGCCGACGGGCUCGGGAUUAGCGCACCGCACACGCUGGCUGGAUCCUCGUCCACAGGCAGAAUCACGGCUCAGCUCCAGCAGCAUGCGGCGGACAAUCUUUUGGCUCAGCAGGCGGCGAUCGCUGUGGCCAUCAAUAACCCAGGGACAGCCCAGUCGGCAGCGCCGAUACAGCCGCAGCAGCAACCGCAACAACAGCAGCAAACCAUGGCCAGUGCAGAGGCAGCGGUUGCCGCGGCCACUGCCGCUGCAGUUGCAUCACAGACUUCGCAGCCACGUCACUCGCAUACCCGGUCCAUUUCGGUUGUCGACGGCAUGGUCGCCAUGUACCCGAAUGAACAGCCCAACAAUACUGCCACUGCCACAUCCAUGGUGAUGCAGCUCCAGCAAGCACAGCUCCAGGCACAGCUCCAGGAGCAGCAGACAAUUGACAAGCAGAACGCGCAACUUAAGCUAUCCCAGUCCAUGACCCAGCUGCACCAGCUGCAGCAGCUGCAGGCAACAUCAUCGGUCAGCGCUGCCAUCAGCGCCCUUCAGAGCGGGGUCCCGUCGCCGUUUGCCACACCCCUGCCGGGCUCCGGAAAUGCCAUGCCUCCAGGCCACCGUCGUCAGCUCAGCAGCACGUUCCCGGCACCCAUGCAGCACCCGAUGCUGCCACUUGAGACCCCGGUUACUUUGGCCACGGCACCCGCGACCAUCGUGCCGGGCACGCCAACGUCGUUUGGCCAGCUGCCGUUCCAGGCACAGCACCCGCAACAGCAGCAGCAUUCGGGCCACAUCCGACACCUGUCGCUUGAUGCAGCCAACCUGCGACUGAUGGCAGCUGACCCGACGCUGGCAACAUCGCUGCCCAUGCAUGAGACGAUCCCAGAGCACCCAACCGAAGUUAAUGCGGCAAUGCAGCUGAACAACGCGGCACUAGCCUUGGCACAGCAGCAACAGCAACAGCAACAGCAACAACAGCUGCAGCUUCAGGCCCAGUUGCAGCAGCUACAGCAUUUGCAGCAGGCCCAGGCGCUCGCACAGGUGCAGACGCAGCCCACUGCUGCACUGAUACCACACACGGUGCCAGUCACCCCACAGCAGGCGAGUCUGCUCACCUUCGGGCUCAUGCCACUGCAGCAGCAACAGCAGCAGGCGUCUGUUGGCGACCCGUCGCUAGUACAGCAACAGCUGAUGGCACAGACCUCGCCGCCCAAUCUGUCAGCCAUUGCCACGCCAUUUGGCGGACAGUUUGACGGAACGCUGUCGGGCCAAAUGACGCCGACCGCGCUGCACUCGGGCUCGAUGCUGAGUAUGAGCAGCAUGAUCCAGCCAGCUACCCUGGUGGCACCGCAGCAGCUGAUGCCGGCGUUCGCACCCGGAAGCGACGCCCUGAACCUCGACGACAUUGAAGAGGAGUUCGAGGAGGACGAGGACGAGCACGCGUCCGACAAGGAAGCCCGGGAUGCCGCCAAUAAGGCAGCCGCCGCCGCCGCUGCCAAGCAGGCGAGUGCGCAGCAGCCCAGACCCAAGAAGAAGCAGGCGCCGUAUAAGCGGUUCCGCAACUCGUUUAUCUUCUUCGCCAACGACCGGCGUGCGCAGUGGCGGCGCGACCAUCCCGAGGAUACCAAGAUCCAGAACCGCGAGUUCAUCCAGGAAAUGAGCAAGGUGUGGAACCAGAUGACCGACGAGGAGAAGAUCCCGUACGUGCGCAUGGCCGAUGAGGACAAGCUGCGGUACGAGGCCGAUGUCAAAAAGUACGGCCCACUGCCGCAGAGCACCCCGACCACAUACACAAAUGCCGCCAGCUCUGCAGCUGCCAAAGCUGCCAAGGCUUCCAAGCACGAGGGGUCGCUGGGCCCGGCCGUUGCGCUCAGCUCAGUUGCGCCUGCUUCGAUUGCGCCCAAACCGAAGGUAGUGCCGGCCAGCGUCUCUGUGGAGGCCAAGGCCACGGCACUGCCCCUGGAGCCUCAGAAGCCGGCGGCGGCAGUUCCGCCUCGCAUUGCUGCGCGUCCUGAGCACAUCCAGCUGCCACCGCAGCCAGCCAUCCUGCCACGCGCAGCCGAGUCCGCCCCAGCGCUUGCCGCCAUGAUAACAGCGCCAGCCCCGACCAGUGCGACGCUGGUACCCACGAGCCACUCGCUUGGCAGCGGGCAGACGACCCCCCGAUUCACUGGACUAGUGACCAACCCGCUGGCGGCGUUUGACCCAGUGGAGCUGGGCAAGACGGCGCUUACGCUGCAGGCAUACCAGAUGAUGCACAUGCAGCAGCCAGCGUCGCACGAGGUGUCUCCGCAGGCAAUGGACUUUGACGCGUCGUGCUUUGAUUUGACGGGCACGUCAACCACGCCCAAUGAACCAGCCGAGCCAGCAGCCAGCGCCAAUGGUCCGCUGAUCCACACGCAGGUGGGCACGAAGCGCAAGAGCUCGAGCGACGGACAGCCAAUGACAAACCUGCCGUCAUCAAUCAAGCGGUUCCGCAACUCGUUCAUCUACUUUGUCAACGACAGAAGGCGUGCGCUGAUGUACAACGCCGACGGCACGCCGACCAAUGUCGAGGUGCAUAACCGCGAGUUCAUCAAGGACAUGUCGGCCAAGUGGAAGCUGAUGAGUGAUGCCGAGAAGGCGCCGUACCAAAAGCUGGCCGACGUGGACAAGGAGCGGUUCACGAGGCAGAUGCGCGAGUACGAGGACGCCCAUCCCGACGAGUUCCCCAACAAGCACCAGAAGACCCACCGCAGGCGUAGCUCGACCAGCGCCAGCAAUAACGACACCAGCGGCCAGUCGGCCGUAACCAUGGGGCUGAACAUCUCGCUGGCCGAGCAGACCUCCGCCGUGGGCGUCGAUAGUGUGCCGGCGAGUGCGGCCGUGUGUGAUGGGUUCUCGCACGAGCUGCUGCUGGCCAUUGCUGCCAGCACGCCCCUGUCGACUGCGUUCAGCACGCCCAGUGCCACGCCGCUGCUGACCCCCAAUCUAAUGGGCGACAACAAGUCUGAUCUGUCGGCAUCCAGUGUUUCGGCGCACUUCCACAGCCUGCCGUCGGUGCCUGAGGAGAUGGCUGGCGAGCCCAGUCCGGCCACUGUCGUGUCCAAGGCUGCCGAGUCCACGGAUGGCAACUAAAAAAUCACUGUGUGGUGUAAAUAUUGUCACAAAUCCCCAACCUCCAACCUCUUCCCCCCUGUGUCCAUAUCUCCCCCCAUCAAACGAUACACAUCUAUCUAUCCUCAUCUCCUCUCCCCAUGUAUACAUCUAUCUUUGUCAUACUUGUUUCAUCCCCUCCAGUUACAGGACGUAG